CGGCCGCCCUGGCUCAAGUUUUCUGCCAGCGCCUACAGGCGCCACCGCCGCCCGACGGCCUGCCCGACGGCAGCCCGACGGCCUGCCCGACUGCCCCGAGCAGCAUGGCCGCUAACAUCUACGUAUUGGACGAGAUGCAGAAGAAGAUGAAGAUCCCGUUUUGGUCGCCAGAGAUUGGCCCUAAUGGGUCGUGCAUGCCGUUGUACGUGAAUGUGGAGCCUUACGGUACAUAUGGCGCCAUGUUCCCGACGAUCGCCGAGUGCAAGGCUGAGUUGAAGCGGAGCCUCUCGUGGAUCAGCGAACUCAUGUUCGAGCCUGAGCUGUACUGCGUCAAGAUCCCGCCGCCAGGCGAGCCGAUGCCGACGGCGCCAGUUCCAGAAGGCGACUACCCGCUCAAUGACAAUUGGGUCGUGAACGACCGCGUGGCGCUCUACAUCAACAUCCCGUUGCCGGAGGCUGGCCACCCGCUGGAGUGCGACAUGACGCAGAAUCGCGAGGGCGAGAAGAAGGACGCCAAGGACGCGGUGAACGUGACGACCCCCGGGAGCGACACCAGCAGCAUCAAGGGGUGGGUGCACGCGAAGAGCGCCGAGGACACGCAGCAGCAGUUCACCAUCGAGGAGGUCUACCAACUGGGAGUCGCAGCGGGCGUGCAGAAGCAGCUGGAGGCCGCCAGCAGCUCGGCGUAGGCUUCCACCCGACGGCCUACCCGACGACCAGAGACUCGGCCUACCCGACGGCCUACCCGACGGCUUACCAGACUCCCUACAGGACAGCCUGAACCCGAUGCGAGACUCGACGCCCGGCCUGCAGGCCUGGCUUUCGCCGACUCGGCGCGCUUGAA